CAUCCGGAGGAGCUCGCGUCUGCACGACAUCCAGCCCCGUCAGGAGGGCGCGCACCCUCAGCAACGACUGGAGGCGGUUAAGGUGAUUGGCAUUUACAGAUGGAUGGGUCUCAGUCCAAUCCUUUCCUUUUACAGGCGGGGAGGCGGAGGCUUGGGGAGGUUAAGCGCAGCUAACUGGCGGAGGAAUGGAGCUUCCAACGCGCCGGCUGUGCGGGUCUACCCGCCCCGCCCCCGCUCUCGCCGCAACCUCGCGUGUCGCAGAUGCACCACGGCCUCUUCCGCGUCUAGCCAGAAGCUCGCACUGCUACUGAGUGUUUGUGGGGAGGAGGCGCCGAGGUGGCCGGCGCUGUCCCACGCAGGGCUGGACCUGAGCUGCAGCCGGAGCAGGAAAAGAAGGCGGCGGGUUUGCGCGCGGGAGCCGUGCGCCCUUGGACUGUUCACGCGCGCGGGACGCAUUUGGAACCCUGCGCCGGGUGCUCCCCGCCGCCGGCGACUGGCGGGGUCGAGAAGGGAAAAUGUUGGAGAAGGAGGGCGCUCGCGUGUCCGCCUUGCCGGAACCUGGGGCUGCAGCCCCGGGGCGGGGAGUGGGGCGGGGCUGGGAAAGUUGAGUUUUGGUCGCGGAGGGCUGGGCCCCGCGCGGGAGCGCCCGCCACUGGGGACCGUAAAAGGCUGCAGCGGGCUGGAGCAUCUUCAAGAAAGCAAUGGAUGUUUGGUUUCUAAGACUAAAGGCCCUGGUGACCUGCAGGAAGCAGCAUGGAGACUACAGAGUCCUUCUGGAGAAGGCAGUAACCGUGACAAUUCAAGAGCGCAUGUUCCUUCUGGACAAUUUCCAGACACACAAUCUCCAGCUACCUCUGAGACUGGUAACUCUAGAAGUGACUCUGACGUUUCAAGAAACGAAAGCCUUGGAUCUCCUGUAGGAGAAUGGGGAUUCCAAAAAGGCCAAGAGAAAAGUGCUAAAGCAGCUCCAUGUCUGGCAGAGAAGUUGCCUUCUAGCAACCUGCUCCUGGACAGAGCGAAAGAAGAAGUGAGCCUUGCACAGUCGGACAGUCGGGACCGGGCUGACCACGUGGACUGGGAGAUGGUGUCCCGGCACUCAUCUUGGGGCGAUGUUGGUUUGGGUGGCAGUCUUGAGUCUCCAGUGUUAAGCUCUAAGCAGGGAAAGGACUAUGACAGAAGCAGUCUUGUGGAAGCAAGAGGUCAGGAAGUAGAUGUGAAACCAAAAAGGGCAGGAGCAGUGUCUUCAGAGUCUCAUCAGGUUAGCGUCAGGUUCCAGGUCCAUUAUAUCACAAGCGCUGGUGUGCAAUGCCUUGCAGUAACUGGAGACCAUGAGAGUCUUGGGAGAUGGAACGCUUACAUCCCACUCCAGUGUAGCAAGGAUGGGCUCUGGUCUCGUUCUGUGCCCCUGCCAGCAGACGCAGUGGUGGAAUGGAAGUUUGUGGUAGUAGAGAAUGGGCAAGUUACCCGUUGGGAAGAAUGCAGCAAUAGAUUCUUAGAGACUGGCCACGAGGAUAAAGUGGUUCACAAGUGGUGGGGGAUUCACUGAUUCAAUUUGCAAAGCAUCGAAGAGGCUAUUGCAGAACAUGGAAGAGGCUAAGGUUGUGCAGCACCCUGAAUAAUUUAAAAUAAAGGAAGUGAAACUUCCAGUCUAGCCAUCAGAGUUGUUUCAGAUUUGCUAGUGGCUUUUGUCUAAUGUGUAGAUAAUGCUUCCAUUGAGCAUGGACUUUUUUUCCUGUGGCACUGAUGGAUGGAUUUAUGCUGAUCCAUCAUUACUUUAGGGCUUGGUGGUCUUGAGGAGGGCUUGGCUAAACUUCAGAUGUGCACUGGUCACGGAGCAUGGAAACUAACCAGCUGCAGAGGCUUGAGGCUUGAGCCUUUGGGUGAUUCUUGGGGAGUAAAACACGCCUUAUUCAAAAGGAUAAGAUUUCGUACUGGUACAGCUGGAGAAAUGCUCUCUUUAAUCAUACACACUUUAUAUUUAAAAAUCGUUAACAUCGUAUGGAACUGUGAUUAGAAAAUGUCUGGUCACUAGAUGUGAUUAGCCAGGAUAUAAGGUAAUGCAAUAAGACUUCCCAAUGUUUUUUGCUUGAUUUUACUUGCCAUGUAUGGUUUGAGGGUAGCAAGUAUGUUUUUGUCCUAAUGAUCAAUGGCUGGUAUACAAACAAGGGGCCUAAUCAGAGCCUGUUAGCAGGAGCAGCCCAAGAGGAAAGAACAGGAAGGGGGAUAGGGUAUAGGGCUGAGCAAGGUGGCCUGAAUGACACCUCUUAGAGAGCUGGGAGCUACAGGCCCCGCCGGACUGCAGGGUGGGACACGCCCGUCAUUUCCUCACGGGCCUCCUGCAGGACCAUCUCUCCCCACGGCCCCUCCUCUCACAGCAGCUCUGGGCUGACAGAUGGACUGCCCCAUAGCAAUCAUUUCAGCCUCUUCCCUCUCCCUUCAUGCCAGUAGCUAACAAAAUUAUAACAGGGGAGUGAUACGGAAGUACAUCUUUGCUCUGGGAAGAAAUAAACAUUUAAACUUUGCCAUUAUAACUGAAAAAAAUAAUAAAACCUGAGUUUUAACAUC